GUCACGUGGGGGCGGAGGGCGGUGUUAAAGGCGCCGGGCGCUGUGGCCGCGUCAGUCGGGGCGGCGGGCACCGGGCACGGGCCGGGAGGGCACCGGCACCGCGGGGCCGAGCGGCAGCGAGGCGGCACCGCGCCGCAUCUGGGGCUUCCCGGUUAGCGCGGCCCGGCGCGGCGGAUGAAGAGCGGCGCGGACCAUGGCGCGGCAGCCGGCCCCCAGCCCCUGCCACCCGCGGGCCCCUAGGACGCCGCGGUCCCCCCGAGCCCUAUAGCGACCCCUCUAUUUAAUUUUGUACCUAAUUUAUUAACCCAUCGCCCCGCCCCCGCCAUGGAGCCGACCCCCGCCGUGCUCACCGCCCCCAUGGCUGACUUCCUCUGGAUGCUGGUCCUGGGUUUCAUCAUUGCCUUCGUCCUGGCCUUCUCCGUCGGUGCAAACGACGUGGCCAACUCGUUCGGCACGGCCGUGGGCUCGGGGGUGGUGACCCUGCGGCAGGCCUGCAUCCUGGCCAGCAUCUUUGAGACCGUGGGCUCUGUGCUGCUGGGAGCCAAGGUCAGCGAGACCAUCCGCAAGGGUCUGAUCGACGUGGAGAUGUACAACUCCACGCAGGAGCUGCUGAUGGCAGGCUCGAUCAGCGCCAUGUCUGGAUCUGCUGUGUGGCAGCUGAUGGCUUCAUUCUUGAAGCUCCCCAUUUCUGGCACCCACUGCAUCGUUGGAGCGACCAUUGGCUUCUCGCUGGUGGCCCAAGGGCAAGAAGGUGUCAAGUGGUCUGAGUUGCUGAAGAUUGUGUUGUCCUGGUUCAUCUCACCCCUUCUUUCGGGCAUCAUGUCUGCUAUCCUGUUCUUCCUCGUCCAGAGGUUCAUCCUCUGUAAGGCAGAUCCUGUUCCCAACGGCCUGCGAGCUUUGCCCGUCUUCUACGCCUGCACUGUGGGCAUCAACCUCUUCUCCAUCAUGUACACUGGGGCGCCCUUGCUGGGCUUUGACAAACUUCCUCUGUGGGGUAUCCUCCUAAUUUCGGCGGGGAGUGCUGUUGUCUGUGCUCUCGUCGUCUGGUUCUUUGUAUGUCCCAGAAUGAAGAAGAAAAUCGACCGAGAGAUAAAAUCAAGUCCUUCUGAAAGCCCCUUGAUGGAGAAGAACGUUUGCCCAAAGGAGGAGCAAGAGGAGGCCAAGAUGCCCUUGGGGGAUGCCAAGGGCCUCGCUGCUGAGGCAGGGUCAGCCGUGCCCCCCCGGGCAGCCGGGGAGGAGAGGAUGGUCUCCUUCAACCUGGGGGAGCUGGAGGAGGCCCCGGAGCAGGAGAGGCUUCCCAGCCUCGACCUGAAGGAAACGAGCAUUGACAGUGCAGGAGCUGUGCGGCUGCCCAACGGCAACCUGGUCCCCCUGAGCCAGGCCGUGGGCCACCAGCUGGGCUCGGGGGGGCAGUACCAGUACCACACUGUGCACAAGGACUCCGGCCUCUACAAGGAGCUGCUGCACAAGCUGCACCUAGCCAAGAUGGGGGACUGCAUGGGGGACUCGGGGGACAAGCCCCUGCGGCGCAAUAACAGCUAUACCUCCUACACCAUGGCCAUCUGUGGCAUGCCCCUGGACUCCCUGCGUGCCAGGGACGUCGAGGAGGGGGAGAAGCUCAGCUGGUCUGUGGUGGACACUAAGAAGAGGGUCCGCAUGGACAGCUACACGAGCUACUGCAACGCAGUGGCGGACGCACACCCGGCUGCAGACGUGGACCUGAACACAGCCCAGGCGGAGCUGGGCGCCGCGGAACGCAAGGGCAGCAGCGGCUCCCUGGAGGAGUGGCACGAGCAGGACAAGCCUGAGGUGUCUCUGCUCUUCCAGUUCUUGCAGAUCCUCACGGCCUGUUUCGGCUCCUUCGCUCACGGUGGCAAUGAUGUCAGCAAUGCCAUUGGGCCCCUGGUUGCACUCUUCCUGGUCUAUCAGACGGGCGAUGUGGCUACCAAGGUGGCAACUCCCAUCUGGCUGCUUCUAUAUGGGGGUGCAGGGAUUUGCAUUGGCUUGUGGGUCUGGGGAAGGAGAGUCAUCCAGACCAUGGGGAAGGACCUGACUCCCAUCACACCAUCCAGCGGCUUCAGCAUUGAGCUGGCGUCAGCGCUGACGGUGGUCAUUGCCUCCAACGUCGGCCUCCCAAUCAGCACAACCCACUGCAAGGUGGGCUCGGUGGUCUCGGUGGGCUGGCUGCGCUCCAGGAAGGCCGUGGACUGGCGCCUCUUCCGGAACAUCUUCAUGGCGUGGUUCGUCACUGUCCCCAUCUCCGGCCUCAUCAGCGCUGCCAUCAUGGCUGUCUUCAAGUUCGCUGUCCUGAAGGUGUGAGGGCACCAGGGCUCCCACUGCUCCUGCUUCUCACUGCUGUCCUCCCUGGAGGAGCCACCGAGGCUGCCUGCCGUGGGGUGGUGGCUGCGCCCAUCUGCGCAUAGUGCUGUCACUGAAGUAUAUAUAUAUUUUUUUUUUAAAUAUAACUGUCUUGGCGCUAACAUUGUGGGGGUGCACUGCCAGGGCUGUACGUGCCCCCAGGUGACCCCCCCUGAUCUGCUGUAGCUGUAGAUAAGCAGUUACUGGGGGGCCACUUUCUCACUUGUACCGAUCCCCUGGCAGUGAUUUCUUGGGGGAAGGACGGAGGUUGGUCCUUGCCUGCCCUGGAACAAAGGGCUGGGGAGUCGUGGGGUGCCCCUCUCGCAGGCUGUGCAGUGUUCAGCUUCGCCUCCAUUGCGUAGUGCUGUGGACACCAUCCUGCUCGGGGGCCCUGGGGGCUGCCCUCUGGCCCCCUGUCACUGCUGCUACCUCGGACUUAAUAAAGAUUUCCUUCGUACGCCA